AUGGCGGACGAUAGUACUUCUAGCACAGUCGAAGACAAUGAAAAUUCGGGACGCGGAAAUGAGGAAGAUGAAAACGACGCUGAUAUGAAUGAGCAAGAAGCGGUUUUUGAACCUCUAGAUACAAAUGAUGAGAGUAUGACGGAUUCUUCCCCAUUGAGUGCCUCAGAAGAUGAGAUGCCACGUUCUUCAAAAAAACUUUUAGUGACUAGGUCUAAUUUUCGACCUUUGCGGAUGAAUGCGACAAAUGAUGAGAACGCCCCAAUCGCUCGCUUGCCUCCACCGGUGGAUUUGCCAUCGAAGACUCGUUUAGGAAUCAAAAUAAAGGCAUUGCAUGUGGCAGCCGAAUGGAAGUGGACUGCUGGCGGAGACGAUACGUGUGGCAUUUGUCAGAUGCCCUUUGAAGCUUGCUGUGUAUCGUGUCGAACACCGGGUGAUGAUUGUCCACUUGUUGUUGGCAUCUGCCGUCAUCCAUUUCAUGAACAUUGUAUCAAGAAAUGGAUAAGUGGAAAUGCUCCUCGUGCUCAAUGCCCAAUGUGCCGACAAGAAUGGAGGGUGAAUUCAACCGUCAAAGUGAACCUG